CAAAAGCGUAACUCAUUAAAUUGGCUCAAUAACGGUAAUUACACGGGCACGUCAACACCACAAUAAGGUCGUCUGUACUCGCCUUCUCACAACAAACAGACUGAAAUUACGCGCAGCAACACGCAAUACUCUUAUAAAUCAUGUCAACUUAUCAGCAACAUGACAUGUCAACAGCAGGUGAACUAGCUAGCAGGUAGACUACAUUAGGGGGGGGGGGGGCUAACUAGCUAACUAACCGACAUAAAGCUGGUUAACGUCACUGGACGUUAAUUAAUGGUUGACGGGGUUCGACGUGAAAGGUAGCAGCUCAGAUAACGCAUUAAACACACACACACACUAGUCGUUAAAAUCGGUUACCCAGCAACAGAUGUUCGGUCGAUCCUCGCGAGCCUAAAGGGUGGCCGCACAGGCAAAAAAAAAAAAAAAAGAAGGCUAGCAAGCGAUAACGAGCAGCUAAUCACAACUAAAUGUUGCAACGUAAACAAAUUAAAUAAAUAAAAAGAGAGCGAACGUGACGUUACAACCGUAGCAUUCGUGCUACUAAUAUCACCUACCGGUAAAUGUAGACAGCGUUCACCUCGGUGCGUCGUUUGGACUGAGCUAGCUGCUCGUUAGCUCAUGGUUAGCUCCCUAGCUAACUCCCGGAGACUUAGCGUUAGCAGCGGUCUGACUGCACGUCCUGUGGGCUCGGCUCCGUCUGACAACGCCCGCCCGGCUGAGAGAAGCAGACACGACUCGGCUGUUUUUUUUGUUUUUGUUGUGUGACUGUAAACACCAAUUUCUCACUAAUAAAAAAUAAUAAUAAUGACGUGAUUUCGUAAAUAAGUUUGCAGCGUGGUUUGAACAUUAAAUAACCGGGUUUUCAGGGCAAGACUAUUUAUUUAUUGGAUAAUCCGCAGAACUGUUGGCACGUUUUGUUCAGGUGGAGACUAUCAACUCCUGUGACUUUCAGGAGCAAGGCUUUAGUCAUGGAGUCCAUAAUCUCCAAGCUGCACUUGAAAUUUGCAGAGAAAACAUGGAAUGAAACCUUUCAGCUUGUCCGAAGAUGCAUGGACAAACCCAAAGAUAAAUCCAAAGCCUGUAUGCCGCUAGUUAGAUCACUGGAAAGGCUCCAGGAAGUGGUUAAUGUGUCCUCUAUGAAUACCAUGAGGUCCCGUCUGGAAGUGAUUGCCAAACAACAAGGAAUGGGCUAUCACAUCACCGAGGCCACAUGCUACCUGACAGGCGAUCUGUUCUACCUGGAGGUGGUGCUGCUGCCAUGCGGCGGGGUGGAGGAGGUGAAGGUGGCUCCUCAUGGAGGCUCCCCCGUUUCCAGCGAGUCCUUUCUCCGGCUGCUGAGGUCCAAACUUUUUGUUGAGUUCUCCAUGAAGUUGGCCGACCUCUUCGCCCAGUACAACAUCCCCGGAGACAAUGAAAUUCAAUUGAAAUUGUUUGCAUCUAUGCAAUUUCUCGGCAAAGACUUGCAGCAAAUAUCACAACUGCUGAGCGUGCCAACGGACUCGGACCCCCGAGUGGACUUGAUUAACAAUGGCAGAAUUGGCAAUCUGAUCGCUGGAAAAGAAGAUUGCCCCCUGACGAUCCAGUUCUAUACCACGCCGACGGACGAAGUGAAGACCUCAGAUAUACAAAUGGCCGCUACAGAGGCGCUCGUUCAGGCCGCCCAGGUGGCCGUCGGUGUCAGCGACGUGCCUCGCGAGCUUCAGAUGGCAUCUGUGCUCCCACAGCCUCCUCAGCUGGAUCCCCAGGGUCAUCCUGUGUUCCUGCCGUCGAGCGAGGCGCCGCAUGAGACGUUUCCUGCCUGCUUUCUCCUCAAACUGCAGCCAGCGGUGCCGAUGACGUCGUCUUUCGUCAGCAAGCUCGGCCAAAUAACAGAUGUGGCCAUACCAGAUGUUGACCUGCAGUGGGCACCCUUACCCAAGCUUCUGAUGAGACGUUCACCGAGUUCAAACGGUCUUGGAGAGAUACGAGAUCAGCAGGAUACCAUUUUUACAGUGCCUCUUCCUGGUGGAGUGAUGCACCGUUAUGUCCUCGCUGGAGCUGCAUGGGAGGUGCCCGCCCAGAGAGCCACUGCAGUGGACAGUAUCCCCUUCACACACCCUGCCCACGUCCCAGGCCUACUGGCGCUGCUCCGACACCGGUGUGCCAUCAACACGCUGCUGAGGAGCUGUAUCACUUCUCAGUGUGACAGAGCAGGUUUAGUUUGUGACCUGCACUUCGAAGUCCUUCCGGAGUCUGAGACCAGCUUUUCUGUGACCUUCCACCGACCUGACACGGACUCGCUCGCUGUUUUGCUGGUGAACGUAUGUGAUUCUAAUCAGAUUACCUGCACUUUGUUCGGAUCAGAAAUAGCGGAUCCCUCCAUAGAGGAAUACCUUUCCACUGUCAUGAAGAGGUUCAUGUCCGUCCCCGUGACCUUGAAGGCGUUACACGGCAAGCUGGAGGAGAUCCCCUCCGCUCCACUUUCCCCCGGCCGGCCGGCCACCGCGGAGGCCGAGAACGACCACUCGGCUCCCUCGGCCACCGCCGCGGCGGCGUUCUCCCAAAGUGCAGCUGCGCCACAGGACGGCGUCGGCGUCUCUGCUUCGGCCUGCUGUGCCGUGCCCGCAGCCGAAUCGGAGCUCCUUCCCGAAAUACACACGAGUCCUGCUGUCGACCCUCACCCGCUGGCCCCCGUGGAAGUUUUCACACCGGAGGACCAGUAGCGGCCAACUGUCUGGAGCCAAAACUGUAUUUGUUUACAUGCAGUGGCAACAUUUAAGCCUCUUUUUCUUUUCUUUUUUUAAAAUAAAUGUUUUGUUUCUUCGCACACAAC